UGAAAUUUCUGCUGGAUCGUGGCACUGGUAAAGAGAUGAUCUCCCUCCGAAGCUAAAACGUGAGCCAUGGCCUGGAUGCAAAAGCUGCGGAAGAGCAAAUCGCUGCAAUAUGGACUCCCGAUGAUGCUCAUGGUGCACUUGGCUCUCAAAUACAGUAGGUGGUGCUCCAGUUUAUAAAGUGUAGUAAGAGAAAUACUACAGUCAAUACAGUCAGGGUUGCAGCACCUGGUGACUCAUCCUAUGUGACUUGCUUACUGCACUGGGAUGGUGUUAAUAGUUGGUGGGUCAUUUGGGCUCCGUGAAUUUGCACAGAUUCGAUAUGAUAUUCAAAAGGUUCGUGGAAAGAUGGAUCCAGAAUUGGAAAAAAGGCUCAAAAAGAGUAAGGUGACACUGGAACAGGAAUAUGAGAAAAUGAAAAAUGCCUCAUUUGAUGACUGGAAGAACAUCAGAGGGCCCCGCCCGUGGGAAGAGACUGGAUCUGAUCAAGAGAAGCAGCAGUAGCAGUAAAGUGUUGCCUAAAAGCCAACCUUACUAAUUAACUAGUUGUGCUCUUGAACUGUAUCCUGUAAGAUGAAUACAAUGGGUGAAUUAAUAGAAUCGACUACUAAGAAUAUGGCUGUGUUUGACAUGGCUAAGCAGAAGCCUUAUAAGUAAACAUUUUGAACUUUGCAGUGGUUAUUGAUAAUGCUAGUCAAAUAAAUUUAGAUAAGAAUUUAAUUAAAAACAUUUUAUUAGACUUCUUCUUAAUGACUUGAAAGGUAAAAUAUUGUCGUAAAUGUAGGCUGUGUCCUACAUUUAGUUUCAGACAUUUACAUUUUUAUUAGAUUUGUGUUAUUAGGACAUUUUGUUCCAUCCAUAUCCAUAUCCAUUUAUGUUUGCAAUUCUUUCUAACUUUUGUUCGCAACUUUACUUAAUAGAUGUAAUUAAAAUAUGGUUUCUUGAGGAA